AUGGACCAAGGCUUUCUUCCCCUUGACCCUAAGAGUCACUCGGGACAAUCGAUAUCCGGCUCUGUCAUACUGCCGAAUGAGCGUCCAGGUUCAUUUAAGUCCGCUCUGCAUGUCAUCUUUGAAAAUAUCAUCAUCCAAGAUGAUACACGGACAAUUGAUGCGCAGAGUGCGGCGCUAUUGCCUUCCUACGGUUGCGAAUAUGCUCUUGUAAAUUCUCCUGAGGAUUACGGUGCAUUUGUGCGCAGAAUCACUAUAACGGAACCACUGGUUUUCGCCGCUUUGGAAUCCCUCGAUAGAGCUUCGACUCCUGACAAUUCUCGAGAGCGUGAUGCACCAGCUGACUCACUAGGAAGUUCUGGGAACGACUUCCCAGAACAAAUCAACGGGAUAAUGCCAAUUCCGGCAAAAUAUCUAGAGAACGUACUUCGGACGUGUGUAAACCUUGAAGAAUUCUCGUGGAUAUCAUCGACGCCACCCCCAGAUGGCGUAUGCGAAGUCCUUGCAACUUAUUGUCCGAGACUUAUCAGUUUCUCAUUUAACCCUCCAAAUCCGGUUCUUGCUGAAUCCUCGCCCCUCAUCAAAUCAGGACCUUCCCAGCUCCGCUGGGAUGGACCAUCCCUAUCUUAUCUCUCGGCUUUGCAGCUAACAAGACUUCAUGUUGGCCGCCUAACUCAGAUUGGCGCCAAAAAUUUGCUAGCAUUCUUCACUAACACUGUGGACUUCUCUCCUCUGGAAGAAGUUCAGCUCAACUUCUUAUGGUUGGACGAUACCAUAUGCGAAGCACUUGGUCAAAGUGCUCGAAAAUUAAGGCGGCUAAGGCUUGGAACUAACGGGACAAAGCUAACGGAUCGGGGUGUAUUAGCUAUAUUGGAGAGCUGCGAUACGUUAGAAGAGCUUGAACUCAGCGAGGUGCAAGGACGGCUUUCACGGGCACUUUGGACCAAAGUUGAAGACUUCCCACCCAAAUUGCAUACUCUCAAGAUUUCAAUCAGUGCCGAAGGUCCUCAUCAUUCGUGGACUGCUGAACACCUCCAGUCACUUCACUCUCUACCCUUCUCUGUGUCAUCUAUUUCCAUGCUUUCCGUCUGCCGCACAGUCAAUCCCUUUGACGCGUCUGGAGUGAUCGACGAGGUCGCAGCCUUGAAACCAGUUCCCCAAGAGUUUCUGGAGAAGCUAAAAGAUGAAGGGAACAGUAUUACCCGUCUCGAAUGUGAUUGGUGGGCUUGGACGCCACUUGACCUAAAGGAGCUUCUUGAGGAGUGUCCUGAACUGGAAGAAAUUCGGAUUACGCUCAACGCACCCUUUUCCAAGUUGUUCAACCUCGCAAACAUUUUCGCUAACAUGCUCAAGCUCAGAAGAAUUGGAGUGGUGAUACCUGAAACGGUUGCCCCUGCAAUAGUUACGGUUACCUCGCGCGCUACGUCGCGGAAGUUGAGCCAGUACGGAUUGUUGACCCCAGGAUCAUCCCCAGUCGCGCCUGUCAAUUCGCUCCCGACGCCAAGUCCAAGCUCUGAUAUCAAGACUCCAAGCAGAAAACGGAAUUCAUCGUCUCCGGGGACAAAUAUCGUUGAUCUUGCCUCCCCAACAUCAACUACCCCGUCCCAAGGUUCAGUCUCUUUGCAAACAAGACAGAAUACAGCUUCUCCAGUUCAUUCAGUGAACAAAAUCCCUCCUUUGUCGUUCAAUACCCCGUAUACAAUCAAUGACCCACACAUCCCAAAUCUUCGAGAUAUUCUAAAAUUCGCCCGUCGCUGUCCAAAGCUUGAAUUCAUUGAAUGGUAUGGAAGAAAUGGCCGUGGAUCGUGGGUCGUAUCGCGUGAUAAUGGAUCCUCGUCAACCGCAUCGAGCAACCAGGGCCCUGGAACGCAUUCGUCUGGUAAUUCGAGUGCUCCCACGGGUACAUCGGCGAUUAAGGUCGACCAUGUCGCUCCAUCUCUUACCACUCCCGCCGAAAUAUCUCGUUCAGAGAGAGAAGAGGAUGCCAUUAUACAUGGCUGGACGCCGAUCGUUCCGCGCGCUGGACGAGAGUGGACUGGACACGGCGCGGAGGCCUAUAGAAACUCGCUCGAGGAGGAAAGGAAAUCUAAUGAGAAGGAAGAGAAAGCUAGUCGAGGAUCUCCACCUGUUUCCCCACAAGCCGAAUCCGCUUCUCUCCCUGGUUCGAGUGGAGUCUCACCGACGAAAUCUUCCAAGUCCAGGAAACCUUCUGUCUCCGGAAAAAAUGAACUCGCGAACCUGGGAUCGAAACGUAAGCCCUCGAUAGGCAAUUCUGCUGCAUUGAAACCAAACGCCCUUGGUCUGUCAUCGUCAACGAGCGUCCCAAAGUCCGACUCCCGGAGGCCCUCUCAUGCAAAUUCACCUGUCUCUGCUCCUGCGCACUCAUCAAGGCCUACUUCUGAAUCAGCUGGUGCCCGAAGCGCAGCGCAAAUCAGCGAAGCGCGCAACAAACCUCAACGUCGGAAUGGUAGUACCCCAGCUUCGUCUGGAUCCGGAGGGACCGGGGGAAAGGGGAAUGCUGCUUCUGCUAAGAAAUAUUACAAAUCUGAUGUGCGAAUUAAUGGGGCCACUCCGUCUAUGUCCGUCCACCCUACGCCUACUGAAGGAAGUCAUGCUGGAUGGGCCGCCAGUAAGAAGGGCUCAGGUGGAUUAGACCGGGGGAGGUCAUCAAACGGGAGCACGAGGGACGAGAAGGGCACAUCUGUCCAAGCCAAAAACUCAAAUGGUAUCGUUGCGUGA